GCCCUCGCAUGCAAACUGUAAACACAAGAAACCGAGACGAAAGCGGCGGAAACUUAUCAUAAUAUCGAGAACAAGGACGCUGCGUAACCCUCUUUUAGCACCCCGGGGGGCGAUUAAAAUAAACGCAGUUUCCCAUAUUCCGUAUACCCUAAUUGCGAAAGAGCAGAAAAUAAAAGGUUUUUAAAUACAGUUUGGCCUGAGAGACCGCCAGGCAGACCAGCCUCUCCGAGUUUGUUUGGUCAGUGAAGAUGCUUGGGAGGACGCCCCUGUCGCUGGCUCCCCUUCUCUUGUUGCUGCCCCCUCUGCUGGGGCAGCUGCCCUUGGCAGGAGCCUUCAUCUACGCAGUGUCGAACAGCAACACUACUGUGAUGUUUGAUGACCUGCCUGCCCUUUUUGGUAACCAGCUGCCUAAAGAUGGAUUAAAGGGUUUUCUGAUCAAUGCCCGUCCUGCCAACGCCUGCUCCCCUAUCGAGGGCCCCCCUGCCAGCAACAACGCCAGCAAGUUCAUCGUCCUGAUCCGAAGAUAUGACUGCAACUUUGACAUCAAGGUCCUGCACGCUCAGCAGGCUGGAUACAGCGCUGCCCUCGUUCACAACGUCGAUUCCAACAGUCUGCUCAACAUGGGCUACAGCAACGAGGAGACUGUGCGUCAGAUCGAGAUCCCCUCCCUCUUCAUAGGAGCCACAGCAUCGGAGUCCUUGCUUGAGUUUUACAUGUACGAUAAGGGCGGUCACCUGCUGCUGCUCCCGGACUUGCCCUUCCCGCUGGGAUUCUACCUCAUUCCCUUUACCGGAAUCGUUGGAAUAGUCAUCCUAGUCAUGUUCACUAUCAUGAUCGUGCGCUGCGUGCAGUACCGGAAAAGAAUCCAGAGAAACAGACUGACCAAGAGCCAGCUGAAGAAAAUCCCUGUCCACAAGUACAAGAAAGGUAAUGAGUAUGAUGUGUGCGCGAUCUGUCUGGAUGAGUAUGAGGAAGGGGACAAGCUGAGAAUCUUGCCCUGCUCCCACGCCUAUCACUGUAAGUGUGUGGACCCGUGGCUCACCCAGACCAAGAAGACCUGCCCCGUGUGCAAGCAGCGUGUGAUACGCACCGCGGAGGACUCGGAGUCCGAUUCGGGAUCCGAGGGGGGUGAGUCGGAGCGCACCCCCCUGCUGGGGCCCCCCUCCCCGGCCAGCACAUCCCAGGCGCAGGGCCAGGCCUUCGGGUCGAUGGGCGAGUCAGCGAGCCUGGCCGCCCCGGUGGAGAGCUACUACACCUUCGAGAACGAGGAGCAGGACUCGGAGUCGGAGGGGAGUCUCAGCGAAGCCCCCCUGCUGUCCGCGGAGCAGCCCACAGUCCAGGCACACUCUGCAGCCACGGGGCCGGUCCGAGUCUAGCAACACUCUCGUCUUUCUUUUUGUGUAGAAUCGCUGUCAUCCUGAUUUUUUUUGAUAACUAUUAGGGGUCAGUUCCUGGUUUUCAAUUCCCUUUUUUUUUUUUUUUUUUUUUAAAUCGUUCCCCUUUUGAAUCGAUCCCAGCACGUCGCCGAUCAAAACGGCAAUGCGGGGUGUUCUGCGAGGAACGAGCUUCUCGCAGCGGUGGGCAAAGGACUUUUUAAAAUUUGAAGUCCGCUGUUUUGUUAGCCAGUGAAGUCGUCUUCAAAUGAAAACAGUUGAACAGCAGUCGCAGCGAGGAUUUCUGAAAGAUCAGUUCCCUUAGCAGAAUUAGGAAUAGACUGUUAAAAAGGACUUGAAAUGCAAAAACAAGAAUUGACCUCAAACCUGAUUAGUAAUAAUAAAACAAAGGCUAGUACUGCUACCGUGAGUGGUAUUAUUAUUAUUAUUAUUAUUAUUUUUUAUUUUUUGUCUUUGUCGGUAAGGAUGGAAACAGGACUCUCACUGCAGAGCGGUUUGAUCCAUUCCUGGUUUUGCUAUGAUAUUUUUAACCAGAUCAAGCUGGUAGUAAUAAAACCUGGAAUGGAUCACACUGCUGUGCAACAGGAGUCUUAUUCCCAUCCCUGCACAGAACAGCCACGAGAAAGUCUAUAUGUUUUAUUUUUAUUCUGCAGAGAAUGUCUUAGACUUUUUUUUGUUUGAUCAUUUUUUUAAGGUCUUUUGAAAAUCAAUGUAUUUUGGCAUGGCUUCAUGCGUACGGAGAAUUUAAGUUAACAAACACAAUAAGGUGAGUUUUGGGGGAGCACCGUUCAGAGUUUUAAAGGGUGCUUUUUAUCUGUCGAAGUGUUUUUUUUUUUUGGGGGGGGGUGCGGAACUGUUUUGAGGGAACCUUUUCAUCUCCAUAUCUGGGCUCUUUUUUUUUACUUUCUAGUUUCACAAAAUACUGAAUGAAUCGCCUUUUUAGAGAAUCUUUAUUUUUGACUCUUUCAUUGAGACGUGCUGAAGCCUGUUAAUUAUGCUUUGGCAUGCAGGGUCUUUGCAGCUUAUCCAUUAAGUGCCCUUGCCCACUUUUAAAGACCGGCAGCUUUGUAAUUUUUUGGAGCAUUCUGAACUGGCAUCAUCGACCUGUUGCUUUAAUUCUCUCUUUAUGUUGUUAUGAUAACUGUUUUUGUGAGCAGAAGUCGUGUUUAGAUGCUUCUGUUCAUUCGGCAGAUGCAGCCCUUCGGAUGAAACUGAAGCUUAAAAAAAUCAAAUUCUUAGUGGUUUUUUUCCCCCACAGCCUGUCAGAAACUGGAAGUGGAGACCCUGCUGUGUAAUGGACAGGUUUCGCUGUGUCCCAAUCGCCUCCUGUCAAAUCUGUUACUCUGUUGUUUUAACACGGUGUCUUGUGAACCCUUGAUAGACUCCCAAAAGGAGCUGGGCUCUUCUAUACCCUGAUCCAGGGCUGUCUAGUCAGUCCCGCUCCUGGAGGGCUAUUCCACUCCAGGUUUGUUUAACAGCUGCAGUGAGAUAAUGAACUCGGUCUGGAUGGAGUUUAAUUGGCUCACGAUUUUAGAACAGGGUCGGAACAAAGACCUGGAGUGGAAGAGCCAGCUUUGCCCAGCCCUGCUUUGCAUUGUCCCGAACUCUCUUGUCUUGUACCCCCAGUUUUCCCUCUCUCUGAAGCCCCUUAAGAAUGUAACGCUUUCCUUCAGUUCUGGUGAAUUGUAUAUAAAAUGUAUUGUUUCAUCUGUGCCAUAAAACACUAAGUACACACUAAUGUAUACAGUUUCUAUUGGGGAUUCCAAUGAUCCAUUUGUCACCUUUCUGCGGUGAGGAAUGCGUUGUGAUUUUAUAUUUGUAUGCUUGUCCUUUUUUUAUUUCGAUUGUUUCUCAAACACACCACAAUAUUAAACUGCCUCCUGCUGUCGUUUCCUGUGCUGCAGGUUACAGUGAGUGUGACCUACAGCACAGGAACUGAUGCAGUGCCAGGUAUCAAAUGCCACUGUGCAAAAAUAAAUUAUAAAGAAAAUCUGGGUCAGUUUGAAUGUAAAAUAAAGAAUAAACGUUAUCCAGACCUGUGAUAUCUCUAGUGCCUGUAAAAGUCGUUUUCUUGUAGGGUUUCUGUGGAAGACAUUGUACUCCCUAAUAGUGCCUAACAAGCACAUCACUAACCAGAGUUUUCUCCUGGAAGACAAGACGCUGUUUGUGAUGUUAAGUGAGCUGGGAAGCGCGCACGUCGUCUUCAGCUUCGUCCCGUGGCUCAUCUCGGCGCAAAAGGGACUCUAUUUGGGUACAUUUGUUAGUCAAAAACAGUUUGAAAGAGCAGGACUUUGUCAUCUUCUGUGUGUCCAUGUAAAGGGCAAACUGGGUUUUCGAUGGGUUUGUGAAAUUCAUUUUUUUUUUUGUUUUUGAAGAAUAUUCUUUAAUCUCGUGGUGAUUUGAUAAUCGAGAACUCGCUGCGCUAGUCUAAAUUGAAUGAAAGGGUUAGUGCAGGGUUUGUAAUUUGCUUUUGUGCACACCUGAUGUCGGUGUAUUUUGAAGUUGUUUUUGCUUUAGCAGAGGGAGGCUGUUCAGAGAGUAUAAGAGCCUCCCUUUCUCUUGAUUUGCACAACUUGAAAAAAGUUAUAAUGCUGGCUUAUAGCUGCACUGAAUAUCUGAAUGUUAAAACAAUGAAAAGAAACAUAUUGAUAACUUUUACUUCAAAUAAAAAUGUUUGCUGCUAAAAUGCAAUAGAUGAUAAGUUUUUCAGUAUUUCUAACGACUAAUUACAGUUUCUCCCUUGUUGAAAUCACACCCAAAGCAUUGUUUUGUGGGAUGUUUAUGUGGUAUCAGAGAAUUAACGAGGGGAGGGGAGGGGGGAACUACAUUCCUUUCAAUUUUUUUUUUUUAAAAAGUUAAAAAUGAAAUGUAUAAGCACACUUCUGUAAAUGUAGUUUUUAAGAAAUGAAUUACCAAUAAACAUGUUUCACAAA